CACAGUCAGACCAGCCCAAGAUGCCUUUGUGGUCAUACAAGGCGAUGUGAGCACUUCAGACUCUAGAGGUCUCCGUCCAGCAUGCAGCAACAUCCACCUAUCCAGAUUCUGCCCCUCACGUUCUAGUGCAGCGGACAACCGUAUAGGAGAAGACCGCUCAGAGCCACGGAGACAGAGGGAACCUGAGGGAUGCACGCUUCCCGAACGAGACAGAAAGAACGGGAACUUUGAUUUGACGCGAGGCUGAUAAAAUUACGAUAAUAUAGAGCUGCAUUCCUUAGUGAAGGGAUGCAUUGACAUUUCGAGUGUUCAAAAAUGAUGUCCUUGGUUCCCUGCUCAUUGUAGAUUAUAUUUAAUGUAUCUCUCCUAUUUCUGAUGUGCUACUUCAUUGUGACUGUACACUUGGGUCACCCGCAUGAAUUUUAAGGCAGCCGGAGCGCAUUGUUUCCAGCUUCGUUUCAUGGGAUUUCCAGUCGUGUCGGGUGCCGUGAUGUCUGCAACAUUUCGCUCUUUGUUUCUGGCGCUGCUGAGCCUGCUGACGGCUGGCGCCCAGACAGAAAUGAAGAGAGUUGUCGGAGACAACGCCACCCUGCCGUGCCACCAUCAGUUCUGGCAGUCCAACGCGCAGUUGCUCGACAUCGAGUGGCUACUGCAGAAGCCCAACUCCAAGCAGAGAGUGAUCAUUACGUUUUUCGGUGGCCAGGUGUACACCAAUGAGGUGACCAGCGAGGCCAGUCGUCUGUCUUUCGCAGGGGACUACCUGAAAGGAGACGCCUCCCUGCUCCUCAGUGAUCUACAGCUGACAGACUCUGGGGACUACUACUGCAAGGUCAAAACGGGGGGAAAGUACCACUGGAGCCAGGUUAACCUCAUAGUGCUGGUGAAGCCCUCUAAGCCACGAUGUUGGAUGGACGGCAGGCUGUUAGAGGGCAGUGACGUUAAACUGAGCUGCAAAUCCAGUGACGGCUCAGACCCUAUCAAAUACAAUUGGGGGAGGGUGCUGGAUAAGGGAAAGAGUGUUGGGAAACUCCCCCUACUGGCACUGAGAGAUCUGAAGAAUCCAGAGAUCGUCACCCUGCGGAACCUGACGAAGGACAGUACAGGUUUCUACAAGUGCACCGCCAGCAAUGAUGUGGGCGAGGAGAACUGCAUCAUCGAGGUCACCAUGCAGUAUGUUCGAGGGAUGGGCGUGCUGGCAGGUGCCGUGGUGGGCGUCUCCUUUGGUGUUCUCCUCAUCAUCCUAAUCAUCUGGCUCGUCUUUCGCAAGAAGGAGAAGAAGAAGUAUGAGGAGGAGGAGACUCCCAACGAGAUCAGGGAGGAUGCAGAGGCUCCCAAGGCCAAGCUGGUGAAGCCCAACUCCCUGUCCUCAUCCCGCUCUGGCAGCUCCCGCUCCGGGGCCUCCUCAACACAGUCCAUGGUGCACAACACCGCACCCCGCGGGCACCGCCCUCGCCUCCCAGCCAUUGCUGCCCUUAAGGAGAACGGACAGCCCCCUGACUUCCCACAGUCCCCCCCAGCCUACACCACAGUGGUACCACCCAACAAGACCCCUGAGCCCCCCGGCACCCCCAAAUACAACAUCAACUCCAGGAACCAGAUCUCUGGGCCCACUCCCCCAACUCUCAUGGUCCCUGCCCAGAACAAGGCCUUUCAAACUGUGUAGGAAGUAGAAGAGAGUCCAUCCUGGCUGUGUUGAAGCAUAAGACCCACCCCUCCCCCCACCCCUUCAAAGACACAAACUCUUCUGUUAAACAACGAAAUGCAACUAGUAAAAGGAUGUAAUUAAAAUAAUAAAUAAUAGAAAUCCCAAAACUUUUAAUGAAUGCAUACUUAAAAAGGGAAAAUAAGAAAUGCUUGCCCCCUACUGAAUAAAAAACAACUAAACUAAACUAAAAACCCGAGACAGAACAUUUCUGUUUAUGUCUCUCGGCUAAAGAACUUAUUUUUACACUUUUCUUUCAACUUUGAAGGCAUGGGAAGCAGUGAGCGAGCACAGCGCUGUGUGCGGUGAGGUGGAAGGAAAACCAGAGUGGAGCUUUUAUUUAUUUAUCAAAUCAAAAGGACGGGAGGAGUGCAGAGAAAAAGGAAGAAAGAAGGGAUGGGAUGAGAAAAGAGAAAUCCAAAGUCAGAGCCAGGUGCCGACGGAGGGAUGAGGGCAUGACAUACUAAGAGAGAACAAGCCUCUUUAUUUUGGCCUUGUGGUGUCUCUGACUCAUCCAACCACACCAAUCCAAGCAGGCAGACACAUUGGAGCUUCCCGCUACAAACCACACACCCAAAAACACCCCUAGCCCUCUGACAGAUAGCCGACUGUUUUCCCUGUGAGGAGAGAAACCGUUAGAUCACCCCUCCAAACCACAGGUGGCACCUUAUUUGCGGAGGACGGGCUCAUAGAAAUAGCUGGCAUGGAAUAAAUGAAAUGGUAUCGAACACAUCAAACACAUGGGGAAUUUCUCAAUAUGCAUACUACCGUACCCUACACUCUCAUGCUCCGAGUGAUGUUCUCUCAAGUACGUUCUUGUGAGGACGAGAGUGUGGAGAACACAUAAAACAUUAUAUUUGAGAAGCACUCCCACUCCCCCUACUGUAUUACCUCACACUGCAUCUCCCCAAUCACUGAACCUUUUCCAGCCAGGACAAUGGCAACAAUAGA